AUGAAGUCCACUCUCGCUGUCAUCGCCUCCCUCCUCGUCGCCACCUCCUCUGUGGUGCUCGCCUCGCCGGCCGCGCCCUACUGCGGCACCUGCAACCCGCUCUCGGGCCAAAACAGCUGCGACGUCACUACCUCCUGCAUCAACACCGGCAGCCGUUUCCACUGUGCCUGCCGCGCGGGCUACAAGGCCUCCAAGGACAACACCAACGUGAACAAGCAGUUCCGUCUCAAUGUGCCCGGCUACCAGUUCCUGGUCUUCACCCCGGAGAACACCGUCUGCGACACGCUCUGCGACAACCCCUACGGUGCUAGUCCCCAGCUCUGCGCUGAGGUUCCCAUCCAGAAGUACUGCCCUGUCUGA